AAAGGGCUGGCGGGGCGCGCGUACUACCGAUCCCAGCGUGCCCCGCGCGGGCCGGAAAAAGCCGUCAGCAGCUGCCGGCAGUCAUGGCGGGGCAGAUGGCGGUACUGGGCUCUGCUGUUCUGGCUCUCCUGUUGGCCAGCUACCUGGCACAGCAGUACUUGCCCAUGCCCACCCCCAGAGUCCUUGGGAUCGACCUCGGCACCACUUACUGCUCCGUCGGUGUCUUCCUGCCUGGAAUAGGAGAGGUGAAGGUCAUUGCAGAUGAGAACGGGCACAAAAGCAUCCCAAGUGUGGUCUCCUUCACGGACAGAGGGGUGUAUGUGGGAUAUGAUGCCCUGGAACUGGCUGAUGCCAACCCUCAGAACACCAUAUAUGAUGCCAAGAGAUUCAUUGGGAAAAUCUUCACUUUGGAAGAACUGAAAAAUGAAAGCAGCAGGUAUCCCUUUAAGAUUUUCAACAACAACGGAUCAGCCGAAUUUUCCGUGACAACUAAUGGAACCUUUCACGUCACUCCAGAGCAGAUUGGCUCCCAGCUGCUGCUGAAACUGAAGAGAAUGGCAGAAGCCAACCUUGGCAUGCCUGUUUCCAAGGCAGUCAUGUCUGUGCCAGCAGAGUUUGAUGAAAGGCAACGGAAUGCUACCGUUAAGGCAGCUAACCUUGCAGGACUGAGGGUUUUGCGAGUAAUCAGUGAGCCCACAGCUGCAGCUAUGGCUUAUGGACUCCACAAAGUUGAUGUGUUUAAUGUUCUGGUGGUGGAUUUGGGCGGAGGAACUUUGGAUGUGUCUCUGUUGAACAAGAUGGGAGGGAUGUUCUACACACGAGCCAUGGCAGGUAACAACAAACUUGGAGGACAGGAUUUCAAUCAGAGGUUGAUGCUGUAUUUGUAUGAUCACCUCCGUCAAACAUACGGUUCUCUGCCAACCCGAAAGGAAGAGAUUCACCGCCUCAGACAGGCUGUGGAAGCAGUUAAAUUAAAUCUGACUGUUCAUGAGGCAGCUACACUAAGUGUGGUGUUGACUCUGCCAGAAAACAGGCUUACCAAAGAACUUCCAAAAAGUCAGGUAAAACCAAACAGUGCGCUAAAAGGUGAGCCUUCACAAAAAACAAGAGACCUGAACAGCCUUGGAGACGCUUCCGAAGCAGAGAACGGCUUUGUUGAAGUUGUGUUUGAAAUGGAAAUCUCUCGGAAGCUGUUUGAGAUGUUAAAUGAAGACCUUUUUGAGAAGAUUCUUGUGCCCAUUGAGCAGGUGUUGCAGGAUGGCCACGUAGACAAAGGAGAAGUGGAUGAAAUUGUGUUAGUUGGUGGCUCCACGCGGAUUCCCCAAAUACGUAAAGUUAUUCGGGACUUCUUUGGGAAGGAACCCAACACCUCUGUAGAUCCUGACCUGGCGGUUGUGACGGGUGUAGCCAUCCAAGCAGGAAUUGUUGCAGGGUCCUGGCCUCUUCAAGUCAGUGCUGUAGAAAUCCCUAAUAAGAAUUUACGGAAGACUAAUUUUAACUGAAAACAAACUCUUCCCAAUUGCAUUCCAGCUCUCCAAAAGUGUGCUCUGAAGGUGCACACUCAUCUGACUGGCAGUGGAGCCUAAUCUUAGCUGUAUUCUAUUUCAUUUUUAUCUGUUCCAGUGAGGUGUUAAUGGACACCUACCUGUGUUAAAGCUUGAUGUUACUUUAAAGGUACAAACGAGUUCUGAAGUGUGCUGUAUUUACUUGGAGAUUGGCUAUUGGAUGAAAAUGCUAGUGAUGACACACCCACAUUUUCUUGCUAAAUUUUAUUAGCAAAUCCUGGAGCGGUGUGUGUUUAAAAUAUAAAGGGACUGUGACCAAAGGUUUGAGAUAAUGUGGUACUGUAGGUAUUCCCAGGUCCAAUAUAUUUACUUUAACUGUGAAGCAGUGUUAACGCACAGAGCACUGGCAAUGCUCAGCUUACAUUUAUUUAUUAGAUUGAGCCAUUUGAGCAUUUAAGCACCUUUCUAAAAGGCAUGUUGCAGCUUGAAUGAGACUUAGGCAUUCACUUGAUUCUUCUGCUGUUCAUAACAGCAUAAUGGUAUUGCUGAGGCUCUAUGGAGAAUUGUCUCAUGUUUUGGGAAACCUUAUUGGAAACGUAGCUCUUGCCAACAUAGUUACUUGAUGUGUCUCCAAGGCCUUAAUUCCUGAUCUGGCUGUGAUGGUUAACACACAGGUGCUGCUGUUCUACCACUGAUGUUCUCCACAGAGAUAUUCAUACCUCCCUUGCCUUGUUUUAAAACUGCAGUAAUUUUAUGUAUCUUAAAGCCACACUUGUCUGUCUACCCUUGAAUUCGACCCAUACAGAUUUCACUGUUGUUCAUCUGCAAGUGUGUGAUGUCUUUCCCCUGAUGGACCCCAAGCCAUCCUGUCCUCAGGGAGAAAGUGUGGGAUAGAAGUGUGGGUCUUCAUCCAUGGCCUGGAUGAAGUCUAGUUCCUGUAGUCCUAGUAAAUGAAAAUUGACCCAACUCCUUCAUACUUUUUAGCUCAUAUCUCUGGAUUAAGUUUUGUAAUGUCCUCACUCUAAACUGAACAGAGGUUGUAGCUGUCCUGUUGGGAAGAAAACAGUGUGUGUACCUUGGGGUUUGAGGUGGCACUUCUUAAGACUCUGUUUUAGACACAUAGUUUGCUAUCCAGCUAUCUUGAAAAUGCAUGAGGAGAAAAAAAUUACUGAUCUGAAAAAAACUCCUAAUUGGUGACAGUUCUACUCUCUUUGGAGGAAUAAAGCAAUACUUAAAGGCCAGUUGAA